UGGAGUGUAAACCUAUAGGAUAUGAUAUAAGUCUAAUUCCUGUCCAAGAACCUAUCAAGUCAUGUGAAUGGUGAAAAGCUGUGCCACAUGACUGAUCCUCCAGAGCAUCCAGGGAGUCUCUCUGACCUCUCUCCCCCCUCAGGGUGUGCUGGUCCUGGGGAGCUGACCAUGGACGUGGCCCAUGGCGUGGUGGAGAGGGUGUUCGACAUCCUGAGAGGCCUGGCCCUCACCAGAGACCACCUUAAACAGCUACGCUCCCUCUACACGGCCAGCGACGGCAUGCACCAGGCAUCCUACCGCCCCCUGCUGAGGCAGGUUCUGGAGCUGGUCCUACACCCUGACCGACCAGAGAGCCCCGACGUGGAGCACAUGUCUGGGGGUCUGACUGACCUGCUGAAGACUGGCUUCAGUAUGUUCAUGAAGGUGAGCCGGCCACACCCCAGUGACCACGCCUUGCUCCUUCUCUUCCUGGUGGGCGGAGUCACACCUUCAGAGCUCCGCCUUGUCCGGGAAGUAGUCGCCGCCCACAAGCCGGGCACACAGGUCCUGGUUCUGUCCACCAGACUGCUAAGACCUUCUGACAUCACAGAGCUGCUCUUCACCACCCAGAGACUGGUGCCUCACAUCGGAGUCUGAGACACACACGCACAUACAAAUACACAGACACACACAAAUAUACAGACACAAACAGACACACACACUAAGAUACUCACACACACAAACACACCAAUACACAAACACGGGUGACCAGACCUUUUCUCAUUCCUGCUCAAUUCCUGCUCUCAGCUCCCGUUUGUUCAGAUUCUUGAACAUUCUGGAUGUUUCCUGAGAACAUCUUGUCUCCUGCCUGAGUGGUGGUGAUGUUGAAUAAACACUUCAACCAAA